AAGUUGGUUUUCGGCGCACCCAAUCCUAACCUAAAGAAAAUCAUCACCGGCAGAAGAAGAUAUGAUGGAUUCCGCCACCGUGUCCCACGAUGAUCAGAAGGUUAGCAGAAGAUAUAUUCCAAUAUCAUUCUACAUGGAUUCCGCCGUCAACCACCCUGGUCCGAGUCGUAAGGUCAGCAAAAACUCUAUCCCACUAUCGUUCUACACAACCACCCACGUCUACCACCCUGCUCCUGAUCCGACCUCUGAAUCAAAGAUUGAUGUAUUUGUAGUAAACGAAGAAAACGAUACCAGAAAGAAGAAUCCACUAUCGUUCUACAUGGAUCCCACCGUCUCCCACCCUGGUCCGUUGCUUAUAAACUAUAUACAACCAUACAGUUCAUCUGAAUCUAAUUCAUCUGAAUCAAAGAUCAUCUUUGGUAGCUUUGGUUCCGAAUCCUCUGAAUCAAAGUCUGUGGCAAAGGUCAGCAAAAACUAUAUUCCACUAUCCACCGCUAUUCCCGAUGAAUUUGCUUUCUCUAUUCUUUCAAAACUCUCUAUUAAGUCAUUGAAGCGCUUUGGAUGCGUGUGCAAAUCAUGGUCCGCUUUAUUUGAAAAUACUGAUUUCAUGACAAUGUACAGAGAACAUUUCAUAUCUCGUCAUGGUUCUGACGAUGAUUAUCAUACAUUUAUUCUCACAAGUGAUAAGCUUGAUCAUGGUCUUGUCCACUCUGAAUUUCAUUUGGUCGAAAAUAGACUCGAACUAAAUUUGCCAUCUCCACUUCAACGGUCUGGCGAAUAUACUUGUAUUCUCGGCUCCACAAGUGUUAACGGCUUUUUUUGUCUCGGCCAACAUUAUCUAGCUAUGAAGACGCCCCAAUAUGUAUUAUGGAAUCCCCUUACCGACGAAUUCAUGGGCAUUCCUUCUAGCCCCACUGAACUUACACCAAAACACCCUAGUUUCGACACCCUCAGUCUCGAACCUAUUUUUCACGGGUUUGGUUAUGACCAACUUAGACAUGACUUUAAGGUCGUUCAGUAUGUAUCAUUUGUUUCCGCUCGCUCUUCUCGGCUUACAACAAGUUUUUUUGAGAUAUAUAGUUUAAAAAGUAAUUCUUGGAGAAUGAUCGACAUGGACAAUGAUCUGUCUCAUUGGGGUUAUUUUUAUUCUAGGGCAUUUUCUGGUCACGAAGUUUAUCUGGAUGGAGCGUGUCAUUGGUUGGUUUCGGAAUGUAUCAACCAUCGAAGGGCUAUGACCGUCUUGUCAUUUGACUUGAGUCGUGAGGUGUUCUUUACAACACCCGUCGGGGAACAACCUUAUGCUCCAUACGCUGAUCUUCUAUGCUUGACAGUGUUAAAUGGAUCUAUUGCUUUACUAUCCAAUCAUCACGACGAUGUUGUUUUUCACAUAUCUAUUCUGGGUGAACUCGGUGUGAGUGAAUCAUGGAUCAAACUAUAUACUUAUGGCCCCUCACCUUCCAUCCAAUGGCCACCACUUGGAUUUGGGAAGAUGGGACAUCUUUUCAUUAGAAAAAAAGAUCAUGAAAUCGCCUAUGUUGAUUUGAGCACCCAAAUUAUUCAGGAGGUUGGUAUUACUAGUGGAAAGACAAAUUAUAAUAUUGGCGGUCUUUACAAGGAAAGCCUUCUUUCGUCGGAGGAUCAAUGUAACUAGGUUUUCUUCUUCUUGUAGUUUUCACUUGAAAGGUCUGGUAACAUGAUGAUGAUGAUGAUGAUGGAUUGUAUUUUGGUGACUGCCUUUUGAUGAAUCUUGAAUGGCAGUCUGGUUUUGUGAAUGUGUGUACUGCAAUGCAUGGAUUGGGGGGCAAUAUUAGGCGUUGUAUGAGAUAUGAGGCCAAUGUUACUGAUUCGUUUGCAACAGAUUCUGUUUGUAAGAAAGGAACUCUAAGGGAGGAAUGCGUGUUGUUUGCAAUAGCUCAUGCAAAUCAAUUUGAUUCACUGCUAACUUUUCUUGACGAGCUGUCCGACUUUUCUCAGUUGAAGACACUAGAAAUAAAUCUGUAAUGCUGUCUGCUAAAUCAUCUAGCAUACCUGACAAAAGUAUAUUCAAGCUCCAGGAUUGAGAAGCUAUUUGGUGAUGUGGGUUAUCACUUGUCUUUAUUGAAUUCAUACAAAGAUUAUGACACCUACAAUACAAUAAAUGCUUGUUGCGCCUUUCAUGCUGGAAGGGUCUCUAUGAGUGCCUAAAUGACGUUUAUGUGGCCACUUCGAACCAUAUAUCACAUGUUGAGAGAUGCAUGGAGGUUCUAUUUUCCUUAUUACCAGUAGUUAUGAAUCCCUAUGGUAGUGUAAUGUCAGGGGACACAAGUUCUGCAGAGGAAUGGCAACGUGUUCCCUGGAACCGUUGUAGACACAGAUGUGGUACAUCCUUUUGAAUUUGAUUUUUACCUUUGUAGCCACAAUGGAAGCCUAGGUACAAGCAAACCAACACACUACCAUGUGUUGUGGGAUGAGAACAAGUUUAGUUCUGAUGAUUUGCAGAAACUGAUAUAUAAUCUAUGCUUUACCUUUGCAAGGUGCACAAAACCUGUAUCUUUAGUCCCUCCAGUAUACUAUGCCGACCUUGCUGCAUAUAGAGGAAGACUAUACUAUGAAACAAGGAAGUCAGCAAAGAGUAAUGAUGAGCUGUUUUCCAAAUUGCAUCCUAAUACGGAAAACAUGAUGUUCUUUGUCUGAAAACCUCUUUUUUUGUUGUGGUUCAAGUGAUUAAGUAGUUUGUGACUAAAUCUAAUGGAUUGUAGUACUUUGUUUCUAAUAUUUAGUCUUUUGUUAUCAGUCAGAUUUUUCUCAUAUAGAACCUAUUAGUUAAUUCUAUUGAAGAUGUUAUAAAUGUUGUACACUUUUUGAGUAUAAGUACUCCUGCUCAUUAGAAAAAGGAAACUGCAUACACAUACACAUGUACCUUCCUGCCAAUGCAAAUAUUAGUUAUUGCUAAUGCUAAACAAUGUUAUUUAUAUAUUAUUUUAA